AACGCUUCAAGGUUGCGCAUGGAUACUAUAUACCUUCGAGUACGUGUGUCCGCUCGUUUGCGGAUAUGAGUGUGCAGUUGCCACAGCUGGCAGGAUAUGUGGCAUGAACGCUUUGUUUGUUAUUUGUUGUUGGUUUUCGUUACCUUACAACGGUUUUUUCUUUUGACACUUGGUGUUUACAUUGCAAAUAUUAAACAUUAUUGCUGGUUAAUUUUAAAAGUGACGCAAAGCACUGACAGCUCAAUGAAAACCUCAUCAUGAGCUUAAGCACAUUGCAACGCAACAAGGACAUGCUCAAGGAAAAUCGAUAAAUUUAAAGCAAAAUAGUUUAAAAGGACAUGGCUGAAAUUUUUGCGACAAAACUUAGUAAUGCAAAUACAUGUUUGUUGUUGUGCAAAUAAUAUUCGCAAAGCUUUUCUAUAGGAAAAUAUACAUAAUUAUUGAUUGAAAUUUUCGAAUUUUGCACUUAUUUUUUGAUUUUUGAUUUUAAGCCCAAAAUAAGUGAUUUUUAAAGUGUUUUCCCAGUUCAAAUAUUAUUUUCAUAAUUUCGCAAUUUUUUUGCUCGCCAUUAUUCUCAUAAUUAUAGUAAUCAGUGUAAUCGCGUUUGCUGCGAAAUUUCGCAUUUGAAAAUUCUUCGCACCCAACCUUUUAACUAGGGGCGUUCGCAAUAGAUAACGAUGAGCAUUUGCAGGCGUCAUUCACGAGUCUCAUCGUGAAUCAUACGCCAACUAACGGACUUCAUAAAUAUUCCAAUGGAAAUAAAAUACUAAAACAACACCGAAACAACAGCAAGACAACGGCAAAACCGAAAAACUAAUCUAAAUUGACAAACUAGCUAUUCGGUGCAUAAAUUCUAUGCCAAAUCGACCAUCAUACGACAACAAUAGACAUAAGCAAUACAACAACAACCGCAACAACCCAUUUAAAUACAAAGUCGGACGGUCUGGCUGACGUAGUAGACCAACGAUUAUACCCAAAUUAGAGAAUGUAAUUGAAGUUAAAAAAAAUGUUUGUGAGAAACCUGACCACAAGUGUUAGUGUAAAAUUUUGUGCUAAGAAAUUAUAUAUGUGUGUCUGCGUACAGGAUAAAAAUUUGUGUGCUCCAAAAGUGAACCGUCCCGAGCGACCCAACGAUUACGUAUCGAGCGAACGACGAUUCACCAUUUAUAUGUAAAUCCAACUAAUCCAUUAACUAAACACAAUUACUUGAAACAAAAGUAAAGUGCUUCGAUAUCACAACUAUGACUGAGGAAAACAACAACAAUAGCGCCAAUACCAACAGCCAGAAGGUGGACGACAGUGGCGGUGGUAGAGGUGUCUGUAUGGACAGCCGCCUAGGUGAGACGUAUGCGAAUGCGGUCAGCACGAAGCUCCACGCUGGACUGGAAGUAAAUAAAAAGCUAGCGCCCAUUCUCACCAUCAAUUCCGACACGGAGGAAGGUUUCCUUUCGACGUCGCCGGACAGCAACCAGGGCGAGCAAUCGCUUCAUGGCAAAUGCAAUGGCAGCAGUAGCACCACACUAAACGCCACAGCGGUGUCCACAAAUGCAGUGGUGCCUAUGCCACCGCCUGUCUGUCUCUGCACGAAUUCGGAGAACUGUGUGACGUUGAAGGAAAUUUUGGAUUCAUUCAAGUCACCGCUCUCCGAGGAGCAGGCCUGGGCGCUGCUGUACCAAUUCAUGGUGCUCUAUCAGCAGGUGGCUGCUGCUGGGCAGAGGCACAUUUUCAAUGAACUGGAGAUACCAGAAGGAAUUGAGAAUUUGAACUUGCAUCGCGACGGUGCAGUGCAUUGCUCGUGGUCCGAUGAGGAGCGCAAGGAGAGGGAGCAAAAAAUACAACAACAACAGCAGCACAAAAAAGCUGAUGAGGAACACGAGGCGGUCACGGAGCCGCAUGGUGAUGAUAAUCACGCGCUUCUGGUGGCUUCACAUAAAAAGAUCCUACGCAAAGUCGCAGUGAUCGUGUACACCGCCUUGGACUACAACCUGACAGUGGAUGAACAGUGUCAAAUGUCACAUGAGCUGGAGGAACUGAUCGCUUACAUGACAGCAGAAGAAAACGAUGAUGACUGCAUCGAUGAGGGCAUUGAUGAGGGCCACCAACGUUGGGAUGAUGAGGGCGAUGAUGAGAAGUGGAAUGAAACCAAAGAAUUUGAUUAUGUGCUUGAGGCCUGCAAAAAUCACGUUAAGCCCACUGUACCUGAGGAGCAUUACAAGGCGGUCUGUCGUGCGCUGGUUACUGAAACAAUCGAGUUGCGCAUAUUCCUGCAGCAGGUCUUGAACGAUGGUGCCGACAAUCUCCAUUUAGAAGCCGGUUCGCAAACAUCCAAACAGGAACUGGCCAAACUGGGCUUCAACGAUUGGGCACGUUUCUGGGUUCAGGUGAUCGAUGAGCUGCGGCGCGGUGUGCGUCUGAAGAAAAACAAUUAUUCCCGCACACCCAUUGAGUACGAGUUGACUCCGUAUGAGAUACUCAUGGAGGACAUACGAUCCAAAAAGUACCAGCUGCGCAAAGUGAUGGUGAACGGUGAUAUUCCACCACGCGUGAAGAAAGAUGCCCACGCCAUGAUAUUGGAGUUCAUCAGGUCACGGCCGCCACUCAAAAAGGCGUCCGAACGUAAACUACCGCCACCCAUUAAACGCACACCAUCGCCGCGCGAACAACUCAUGGACUCGAUACGAAAGGGACAAACACUGAAGCACAUACAACCGCCAACACCGCCCCGACUCAAGGAUCGAUUGCUCCCACCAACCACAACACUAAUGACAACAACAACGCCAGCAACAACACUGAACUAUUCAUCAUCAUCUGCAACAUUAAAAUCCGCAGCAGCAGCAGCAACAACAGCGCCAGCACAUGCAACGGUGAAUGCACUGAAAUUAACGGAGAACGUGGAACCGCAUCUGACGCCGCGCUCCAAGCAGCGGCUAAUCAAAGUGGAUUUCUCGCUGUUGCAGGACGAUGACAAUUUCUUUGAUGAGCCAUCGUCAACUGUCAGAUAUGGCAACUGUCACAGCGCACAUGUCGGGAUCUGUUCGCAGCCACAAAUGCCUCCUUACCCGAUCGGCGGCUACAUGACGCUGGGUGCUGGCUAUGGUGGGCCAGCGAGCGCCGUGACCAAUGCCAACGUGAAAGGACACGCGCCUACAGCACAGUUGCCGUCAGCGCUGACUUCACGGGUGCUACGACGAACAACUUACGAUCUCGCCACACAAUGCGAGUCGCGGCGCGCCUCGUUACGCCGUCACACAAUCGUCGGCUGCCAGAGCAACUUCGACGAGACGCAUUCCAUGCCGCCAUCGAGGCCCGAAUCGCGGCAGUCGGAUGUGAGUUCUGUUGCUGCUCCAGGCGGCGGUACAGACGCAGUUGCAGGCACAACUAAACAGCUACACAACAAUUACAAUCAAAAGCAGCAACAACAACUAAAGCGCUCCCAAAGUCCUGCUACAGUAGGCAGCCACAGCACACGUGCCGGCGGCGAGAGCAGCGGUUGCAGCCGUUCGUCAUCCUCGGUUGGCCCAUGGAGCAAGUCCUUUCUAGAUGAGAAAACUUGGACCGAACGCGGUGACGAUCGUCUCUCAUUGACGUUGGAGGAGAUCGUACACAUACGUUCGGUGAUGACGAAGGCCGAGCUGGAAGGACUACCUGUGGGUGUGCGUGUCAAGGAGGAUGUCGAAAAGCGCAAAGUCUGCUUCCUGUGCCUACGUACACGUUUCUCCAUAUUCGGACCUUGGGGCAUACAAUGCAAAUUGUGCCAACGCACCGUCUGUUCCAAAUGCUAUACGAAGAUGCGAAUACCAACGGAGCAUUUCCGCAAUGUGCCGCUUGUCUUGAUUUCACCCUCACUGCUUGCCAGUCCGGCUGGCUCCAGCACGCCAUCACCAUCGCAUCACGCUCACCAUACACACUCGUCUUCGACAGGCAACAUAUUGGACGAGACGUUUCCAAAAUCGUUAAUUGAGCGUCUGUUACGUUCCGAGUCAGAGCGUAAGACUCGCAACACGGUGGGUAGCGCUCCGUCAUCGCCCAAACACCAAAGAUCCAACACCAGUACACCUGGCAUGAGCCACAUCAUGGCCACACGUUCGGGUAUCUGUGUUACUGGACAAGCCAUCGAGGCGGAUGAUGCUUCCGCAGUGACGUCUUCUUAUAACAGUAAUCUAGCAAAUGGCUCUAACAGCAAUAUGUACGCCAAUAACAACAAACACAUCAACAUAAUGUCACGCAGCAUGGAGGGACCGCGUAGUUUGCCUGCGAACAGUCCUGCGCGCGCGCAUUCCAACAGCAGCACCUUGGACCGGAAAACGAAAUUUUCACAAGCCUUCACACUCUCCGCGUCGGGCACUCAACUCAGUCAGGAGCAGAAGGAGAAUAUGCGCGGUGAACUGGUCACCGUAUGCAACGACUGCAAGGGUCUUGUCAUGGAGAUCACACGCUCAUCCAAGCAGACGCGCUCCUCAGCGCGCAAUCGUGCUCUGCAAAACCUCACGCUCGACCUCUCCCCGGUCUACAAGUGAAAAGGAGCUACCAGGCGCGGCAACGAGCCGGCCAGGCGAAACACGAAUAGGCCGUGACGCCCGACAACAGCUGAAGUUGAAAUAAACGCUGUUGUCGAUACACACGCGGUUGCUGAUAAUUAGAUUCUACUGCACUUCCAAACCACUCUUCCCUUGAAAGCGUAUUUUUACAUACACAUACGAACACUUUUUGGACCGACGCCUACACACGCCGCGCCGGAAAGUGUGCAGCACUGUUUGUAAAUAAACAACAACUAAGCAAUUUAUUGAAAUGUUCGAAUUAAGUUUUUAAACAACAAUAACAAAAAGCGGAGGCAGCGCUCCGCGUUGAAAUGGUUUUGGUGAUUACAACCACGAUUAAUGAAAUUUAUUACCAUAUGUUCCAAGAAUGCACCCCACCAUUACAUUGUAAAAAAUAAGAAAAUUAUUGAUAUUCAAAAAAUGUACAUAUGUAUGUGUAGACGUACAGUUAGCGCGUUAAUAAGUGAUUAUUUUGCUUUUGAUUUAAAUAUUGCGCAAGCGUUCUUGUAGAAGUCGCUCUCGGAAAUCGCUUAAUGCUACGCAGAGUUCAUAGCUGGGCAAGGCGCAGGACAAGGCAAGCGCUUUCGAUCUUGUUUACCCUGCGUUUUAGUGGAUGUCUUAGGGUAUUAACUGUUUGGAACGAAAAUUCAGCGUAAAUUUGCUUUAAAGUUUGAUACGAACAGCCAAUUUACUUUUAGUUAGUUUUAUUUAUUUAUUCAAUUUUGUUUGUAAAGCUUUCUUUCUUGUUUUACUUCAUGGAAUUUAAGCGCGGCGCUGCUGGAGGUUUCCCUUCUGUUGCGGUCACACACCGACAACGUUUCUUUUUUAUAAAUAUUUCAUUUUGUGAUACGGAGGAGUACUCCUUCCACCUUUCUAAUUAUUAUAUUAUUUUUUACGCGCGAUUUUCAUUGCCCUCAAAACAUGAAAUAUCAUGAAUAUGGUUGUGUGAGAACUUGUACAAAAACAAUUGAUUAUUAUUCGGACUUUCUUUGUUUGUUUUUUUCCCCCCUUUUUUGUUUAUGUUUUGUUUUUGCAUUUUCAAUCGUAUUGAGAAUUACAUAUAUUUAACGCUAAGUUUAUACUUUUUCCUUUUGUGUUUUUUUUUUUUUUUUGACAUGACAUCUGUUCUUCUAAGAAAACUAAUGUUUGUAUACAUACACACGUGAUAAUGCUACGAACACUUACCAAUAACUGUACUAUUAAAAUAUUAACAUUUAGUUUUAAACGUAACAAAAAGGUCAAUGCAUAUUUACCGUUUUCACAAUUAAGCAAUUUAAACAUAAUUUGUACUAUACAACUUACAAUACUGAUCGCAUAAUUUAAUAUGCUGCGUUUAGCACACACACACACACACAUACAUAAUGAUGAUUGCAAAUGGACAGACGUCCCUAUUAAUAUUAAUAUAAACCAUAUUACCACUAACUUUAACAUAUUUAUACAUGUAUACAAACGUACAUACAUGCGCUAUAGUUUAGAAACCCACACACACACAUACCCAUAAAUAUAUUUUGUCAAACUGCUUAAUUUUAGUUAGUAAUUUAUACCUAUGUAAUUUAUAAUAAUUAUAGUUCAUAGUGGUCUUAACUCUGUUUUCGAUUGCAUAUACUUUUUGUUGUUUUGGAGCUCAUUUUACGUUUUAAGUAUCGAUUUAAUUUGGUUAACCACGCCACGACUUCAAAGAUAAGAUAUUAUUUGUAAAAAUAUUAGCAAAACACCAACUAUAUAAACUAUAUACAUACAAUAAAAGCUAAUAAGCCACAAAUGUACAAAGAUAAAUUACAAAAAAAAAAAAACAGUUGUAUUGAAGAUUUGCAGCAAA